AUGUCGUACAACAACUACCGCCACCAGGAUAACCGCCAUCGGCUCCAAGAUUUCACUCCUCAGGCGUCACAACUUCCUACAACUUCCUAUAUUUCUCCUUCAUAUAGGCAGCAUACAGCCCGAUACGCUACCACGGCGCCACAGAGCGACGUAACUUCGCGGUGGUCAGAUACAAAUUCUACCACGAACUUGUCUGAAACAACAUCUCUAACAGGAUCAGAGAAAGAGAGGCUGGUUCAUGAAGGAACAGAGGGAGAUCGUCGACGUUAUGAGAAAUGGAAGAAAUGGGCACGUGAACAGAAAGAAGAAGAUAGGAAGGAAUGGGCACGUGAACAGGAAGAAGAAGAUAGGUUAAAACGUGCAGCUGCGAACGCUCGUAGACAGAAGAGGAGGCAUAGACUCCAGGUACUGGAAAGACAGAUACGCGAAUAUGAGGAUUUGAUAUUGGAAGCUGAUAGACAGAGGAAGGAAGUUGAUGGAUAA